AGAGUGCAUGUAUACAGUAACUGUCCUUGUUUUUCUCCUUUAUGUAAUGACGCUGUAACAUGUCACCUGUACGUGUUUAUAGGCUGUUUUCUCUUUAUUUUACAGUAUUUUGAAGGUGGAUUCUUUGUACUAAAAGAUGAGAUAGUACAGGUUAACUAUAGUAUUAUUGUUAGUAGAACUAGUGCAGGUAUAAUAAGUAUUAUUAGUAGUUUCAGUGUUGUUAAAUCUCGCCUUUCAGAGAUGAAGUCAUGCAUGUUUGAACUCAUUUGACCAACCUCAUAUUACAUAAACAAAACCAACACAAAAUAGCGAUUUCCCAUUGGUCGAAUGACAUGUCAAUCAUCCUGUGUAUUGCAUCACUCUGCCGCACACGCAACUGCGAUUGGUCCACUACUCGCUUCGCAGCCCUCUCCUCGCCUCUGAUUGGCUGAUCCUGGAUCAUUGCCGUACAUGGUAAAAGCGAUUUCGCAAUCGGCUCCUCUCCAUGUUCCAAACAAAAACACUCACAGCUCACACAGACGGAACGAAACUCCAACUUUCUACCCAAACUUUUCCGACUUUGACGGAUGGUUGAGCCCACCGCCGCCCCGUGAAGGCUCCGUUCAGUUGAUCUUCUGCUUCCUGUUUCAUCUGUACGCCUGAGGAGACUCAGAGAUCAGCAGCUGCAGGCAGCACAUCCAAAUGAGCCGGCCGUCGCAGGCGAAAAUAACCACAUCUGACCACAACGGCGUGAGCGUCAUCCAGAGUCAGGCCCACGCCGCCUCGUCCUCGUCUCUGCCGACGGCGGUCGCCAGACUGCAGCAGGUUCCCCAGCUCGUCCCCGCCAACCCUUCAGCCGCCGGCGGCAAGGCCCUCCCCCCCAGCAAGAUGAAGAAGCCCCUGGCAGACAAGGACAGCGAAGAGUACCGCCAGCGCCGCGAGCGCAACAACCUGGCGGUGAAGAAGAGCCGCAUGCGCAGCAAGCAGAAGGCGAUGGACACGCAGCAGCGCGUCAACGAGCUGAAGGAGGAGAACGAGCGGCUGGAGGCCAAAAUCAAACUGCUGAGCAAAGAGCUGAGCGUGCUCAAAGACCUCUUCCUGGAGCACGCUCACAACCUGGCCGACAACGUCCAGCCGCCCGCUGGCGCCGAGGGCGCCAGCCCCGCCCCCAACAACGCCCCCGCCAACGGGCAGUGAGGGGGGGGCGGAGCCACAGGGACGUUUGAUCCGAGGAGCGUUCACCUGCUGCAGGUUUUCUGGAAACUUUUUCACUUUGGAAACAUGACAUCACUUUUUCUUCUUCACUGCUUCUUCAGUUCUUCUGUCAUAUUUAAUCCUGAAUGACCUCUGACCCCCGCCCCCCCCCCCCCCC